UGUUAAUUUGAGUCAAGUGAGAUUUUGCUUGAUUUGUUUAAUGGUAAUUUUAUUAAUAUUUUUGUUUAAUAAUUUUUUACUAAAUAUAAUUAAAGAUAUUUAAGAUUAAAAUAAUAUAUCGAUAAUUGUGCAGUUAAGUCAAAUGAGGCAUUUGAUUAGAAUAAGAGGACACUCUUAAUUGCUAAGACGAUCAAAUCAAAUUUUAUUGUAUUAUAUUAGAUAAUUAACUUUAUAUAAUUAGCUGUCGAAAUUAAUAUUGUUUGGUAGAAGCUGUGGUGAUAAUAGCAAUAAAAAUAUAUUUUGCCAAGAAAAAUGUAGAGGUAUUUAAAAGUUGUAAUAUUUUAAAAAUACUUAUCUAUACCAUUAAAUGCUAUACUCAAACUUUUAAUUUAUUGAGCAAUGACCUUUUUUAUAAAGUAGUGUCUGGGGUGAAGGUGGCGGUCAAACAUUAUCAUACCUACUUCAAUGAGAGAGCAAAAAACAAUGCGUGCAAUCUCAUUGCAAAAUAUAUUUAAAUUGCGUCAAAUUUAUCCAUAAUGAGAAUUUUUUUUGAAUAUGAACUUUAUUGGAUUUCCCUAUAUCGAUAGUAUAUAUACUAUUUAUAGUUGAAUUAUGUAUGUGAUAGUGUAUAUUGGGUUGUUUAACAGAAAAUUUGAAAUUAAUAAGUGAAAAAACAAAAAAAAUGAACAAAAUAAUCUAAGUUUUAAAAAUAUUUCAAAAGUAAGCGUGAAAAUUUCAAAUCUGUGAUUUGGAACUGUUUGCAGUUAGUAACUGCGAACAGCCAAAUAGUACAAAAUAGCUGUUCGCAGUUACUAACCGCGAACAGCUACUUUGUCUUGUUUGGCUGUUCGCAGUUAGUAACCUGUUGCACAAAAACACGCAUCAGUUUCUUUUUUUCCCAUUUUUCCCCAUUUCUCAAAACCUUACCUUCACUCUCGAUAUUCUCCCUCUAAAACCAUGGAUUCAAUCCAUCAAUUCUUGCAUUUCUCUUUCAAUUUGGCACUUCAAAAUUAGUGUGGAAUACUCUAGCUUGCUCAAAGGUAAACUUGUUUGUGUUUUUUUGGUGUAUAUGUAGUUUUUUAGGGUAAUAAUCACAUUUGCUUAUUUUUUCAAAUGUAGGUUACUAGUUGUUAAAUUAUGACUAUUCUUAAUCAUACAUAAGUAUUGAAUGUAAUUUUUAAUUGUUUUUAUAGCUUUAUGUUGUUUUUUGAAGUAAUGUUGUUGAAUUAGUUGAAUUCAAUGUUGAUAAUAUUAUUAGAAAUGAAGUAAUAUUAUUAGUAAUAACUUUUAGACCAAAAAAGAUUAUAAUCAAAUGAAUAUAAUGUACUUGUAUGGGCAUGAAGUUGAUGUUAAUGUUGAUUUUCUUUGUAUUAAUGUAGAAAAUGACAUCAUUUCGCGUGACUAUAGUAUGUUUUUGGAAUGGUUGUAUUCAAAAAAGUAGUGACAAAGUUCAUUAUGUUGGGGGAAGACGUAAGUUGUUUGCUUGCAAUUUGAACAUGGAUUUGAACGACUUUAAACGUUUUAUAUGUUCGAAGAUUAGAUUGGACCCUACUAGGAGUACCGUAAAUAUAAGCUUUAAAUAUGACAUGAGUGGAGAAUUGCUUGUCUUUCCUGUUGAGGAUGAUGAGGCUAUAGAUGCUAUGUGGGAGCAUUCAAAGUCCACCCAAAUUCCCUCUUUGAAUUUAUACGUAGAAGAAGUACCAUUAGGGAAUGUAGUUGCUUCUAAUCCUACUCCUACCCUUAUGCCUAUAUUAACUCAGGAAACUGUAAAUCCCGUCGUUUCUUCCGCAUCUUGUACUUCUUCUCAACCCCCUACGAAUCAAGUUGCAAUUGAUUCAAUGCUUAACUUAGGAGAAACUGCUGAGAAGGGACCUUGGAAUGAUGGAAAGGAGAGUAAUGAGCUCAUUGACGAUCCUUCUGAGGACGAUGUGGAUGUCGAUGAGAAUGUGCUAGCAAAUGACAUGGCCCUAGGCAACAUUCCUAUAAUCAUUCCUCCUACACCUUAUGCCCUCUGUCCACCUAUAGACGAGUAUGAGGAGGACAACUCAUGGAGGACUUGGCUUGUGAUACCACAUACACCGAAGACAGAGAGUUUCAGAAGGGUAUGAUGUUUGAUAGCAAGGAAUCAUUGUUGGAAGCUAUCAAAGUGUAUCAUAUUCGCAGAAAUGUGGAGUACAGAACAGAGACCUCGAACCAAAUUGUCCUUACCUUGAAGUGCAAGCGGGGUUGUUCGUGGAGACUUAGGGCUUUGAUGCUUAUUUAUCUUCAUGGCGUAUUGUUACCUAUAAGGAUAAGCAUGGUUCUUGUGUAUUGGGUAGUGACACUGUUUCGGCUGGACAUAUUCACCUGACAUCUUCUGUCAUUAACAAUGUCAUUAGAAUUUGUGUUGCUAAAGACCCAUCCAUUAAGGUAUUUGUCGUACGGCAGAUGGUUAAAGAUCGUUUUGGUGUGGAUGUGAAUUAUAAGCGAGCGUGGUGUGUUAAGCAACAAGCCUUGUUGUCCAUUUACGGGACCUGGGAAGGUUCUUACUCACUCCUUCCACGCUUUUUAGAAGCUUUGCAACAUUCCAACCCGGGGUUAGUACUUGAGUGGUAUUUUAAGGAGGACAAUGACACGAGUGUAUAUGUGAGACCUAAUAUUAGGACCUUCCAACGUGUCUUUUGGGCCUUUAAACCUUGCAUUGAAGGCUUCAAUUAUUGUAAACCUCUUAUCGCCAUUGACGGCACAUACUUGUAUGGUAAAUAUCGUCAUACUUUAUUGACUGCCAUUGCCCAAGAUGGUGAUAAGGGAAGCUUUCCAUUGGCCUUUGCCUUGGUAGAGAAGGUGAAUAUAAGUGCAUGGUCGUGGUUUAUGGCUUGUAUUCGUAAGCAUGUCACACAGAGGAUGGGUUUAUGCGUUAUGAUAGACACGCUGGUAUUUUAGCAACCAUGAAAGAGCCGGAGUGGCAACCACCUAAUGCUUAUCAUAGGUUUUGCUUACGCCAUUUGCUUAGCAACUUCAAUCGUGCUAUGGGUAAUGUUCAGUUGAAGAAGUUGUUUGGUAAAACAGCUGAGCAAAGACAACAAGUUAAGGUAAUGAAUGAUUUAAUGGCAAUUGCAACUGCAAAACGAGAGGCAAUUUUCUGGAUUGAUGACGUGGGUGAUAUGUCUAAGUGGUCAUUGUGUUAUGAUGGAGGUCAUAGGUAUGGCGUUACUAACACGAACUUAGCUGAAGUUUUCAAUGAUGUAGGGUUUACGUUUUUUACCUUUGACAACACUUGUUGAAUUUACCUUCUAUCGGGUAAACGACUACUUUGUUCAUAGACGUGAAUGUGCUAGCGCGUGGUUACUUGGAGGACACAACCAAAUACAGCUCUUUUACUUAACUUUACUUGACGACCCGUGGGAGCGCAUUGCCGAGUAUAGCUGGGGCUCUGCAGCCCUUGGAUACCUGUAUAGGAGGCUAUGCGGUGCUGCCCAAAAGAACGUUAACGAGAUUGCGGGGCCAAUAGUCAUAUUACAGCUGUGGGCGUGGGAGCAUAUUCUUAUCGGCUAAUCUUACAGAACCGUUGGUCGUGGUGAAACUGCUCCUCCACUACAACCCCCACCAGAUGUUGCGUACGGUUCAAGGUGGAAUUUUGCACGCCGGACGCGCAAGCACACUGGUACCGGUCUCGGGUUUUACCGAGAUCAGUUAGACCUGCUACGACCCAACCAGGUAAAUAUUUCAGUACUCAUUAACAUUAGUACAAUUUAAUUAAAUUUAUUUUAGUUUUUGUGGACCCAUACCCUGCGGAAGCCUACUCAGCUGUACCCGAACACUCGGGGAUUCAUUCAGGUGCGUGGAGGGCUUUUGUGCCACUCAUAUGCUUCGACAUUGUCGAAGUACAUCUACCAGAGCGCAUACUGCGCCAAUAUGGGUUGGUACAGGGCAUUCCACCGCCUUGUGACACUGAACCCUAGCUGCACUAGAUUUGGCGCAAAAAUCAAGGUGCGGCAAACUGGAUAGACAUCAACUGGCGUCACAUCGCUCGUUGGGAUGGUAAACUGGAGCUGCUGGCACAAGGUGCGCCGAUCGAUGUUCAUGGCGCACCUACUACACCAGACUACAUGUCGUGAUUCCUCUUCAUCACACGCCGAUGGAUGACACCACGUGCUAUCUUCGCAGCAGCACAUUACGCACCUGUUGCGCCUACGAUGACCCAAUUUGCACAAGGUGCGGCAGCAGUGAUGCGGUACAGCCACGAGGAGCCGGUGAGAGAGAUUGCGCAUGGCAUGCUCGUCGGCUCACAGUUCUAGCACUUCAUACCGGAAGUCGCUGCAGAGUCCUCACCGACUACCGCCCAUACGCACGUCUCAUCUCCUGCUUAUGACUAUCAUUUGGAGGAAAUGGACCAUUCAUACCCCGUUGACGUUGCAGGGACCUCGCAGGCUGGGCCAUCACAGUACCAGUCCCCUCCACUGCCAGAGUGACACACGAACGCCUCUUACUAUCGUAGGAAGUGUAGGAGACUAACUCAGUUGGAUAGGGUAGAUGAGGGUCGUGAGCGUUAGCGUUUAACUUUUGUGUAUUUGAAUCGACUAUGUAUAUAUAUAUAUUUUUUUAUUGAGUUGUAUAUUUCAAACAUUUGCAUAUAUUUUGUUGUAUAUAUAUGUUUAAUUACUUUAUCAUAGCCUCCAAGCUUUCACUUACGAAUGAUUGGAGUUUUGGC